CCUACACGCAGGCAGAUAUCUUAGUUGUGGGUCAAAUUUUCUUCAGCACAGGUGCAAGCGCGCGGCUUCGUCGUGAACCAGCGUAAUUUCUUCUAAACAACCGUUCGUAGUUUAACAAGUUUAGUACAAGAAAAUCCAUAUCGGAACCAUAAACAGGAAACAUCUUGGAUAAGAUUCAUACCGAAUUCUUUAAGGUAUAAAGUGAAAACUAGGAUAAAAUAGAAAGAUGGCUGCAGGCUAUACUCCUACCAAACCUAGAGCUCCAAUUGCAGCAUCCUUUGCUGGUCCUGGUCCCAAUGUCCUCCUUCCCAGUAACAUUGGCCAAGGAACGGCCAUCACCAAGAGACAGAUGCCCAUUUAUUCAUUCGGUAUUCGUCACAGAUCGUUUAGCACCGACUGCAGUCCAGGACCAUGCCAUAACUACCCUUCUAAAGUCACUAGGAGAGGAAAUGAUGGCACUCCACACUAUUCCCUGUACGACCGUCCUAAGGACAUGACCGCAUUUAAGACACCAGGACCAGGAGCUUAUUCUCCUGAAAAAGCAGGACCAAGUUCCCAUUUUCAUGCUCCUGCAUACGGCCUUAGGUCGAGGACAAAAGGAGUCAAGUGUGAUAAGUCCCCAGCUCCCAAUAGCUACACUUUACCCAAGAUCCUUGGUGGAUACUCCCCUGUGAAGCCAUCGGGAGCAAGGUACUCUCUUAGGGAUCGCCCCAAGGUUGGAAGCUUUGCUGAAGAUCUGCAGAAAACUCCUGGACCAGGAUCACAUGAUGUUGUAGAGCCAUCCAUCUACAAGCAUAAAUCCCCUAGCUAUUCAAUGAUUGGAAGAAACCAGAUGCCAAGUGAUAGUACACGCAAACCAGGCCCAGGAGCACACAGUCCAGAGAAGGUCACAGUCAACAAAAGGAUGGCUCCUAAAUUCUCCUUUGGUGUCCUUCAUUCAGAGUAUACCACACCUCUUAUUGAGCAGCCUUGUGAUUAAAGCAUCUUCUAUCAAUACUUUUAGUUUACUUGAUACAUGCAAAGUUUGGGUACUACCACAUAGAGUGUAUGCAGCAGUGUCUAUCUUGGAUAAAAUCAUGGAUUUUUCUGCCACAAUCUACAUUGGUGUCAACUUAAACAGGCUAAAGACAUUGAAACAUCAGCAACAUCAUAUUUAAAAAAUAAGAUUGUGGCAACAAAAAUGGACAACAAUUUGUGAAAAAUCUUAGAAGCCUGGAGAGUUUUCUGAAAUAUUGUCAAGAUUUAUCCUGCUGCAUGAAAGCUAUUCAAACAUAAAGAUUCUCACUCUGUCAAAAGAGAGAAAAGUCUUAUUAUUUAUGGCUUGUGAAUGACAAGGAAAUCAGAUAUAUUUGUAAUGUGUAUUCAACAACCGUCCAUUGCAUAGUUACAAUUAGAGCUUCAACGAAUAUGCAAAUCAUUGAAAAUAAGUGUUAUAUAAUCUGUGUAAUGUAACAUUGAUUAAUGUACGCAUGAGGUGUUUAUUCUUAUGUGAAUUUAUUAGACUAAUGUCAACAUGAAAAAAUUACUGAUAGCAUGUGUAAAUAUGAACAACGGAACAAAAAUGUUGACGUAUUGUAUUCUCAUACAAACCUGCUUUAGCUUACAACUUACAAGUAUUAUUAUUUUGAUGCAGGAGUCACCAACUUCCUUUCUUCUAAUAUCCUGCAUGUGCCAUAUUCAAGCAAUUCACAUUUGGUGCCAGUAACAAGUCUUCUCACUCCUUAGUGAUAGAAUCAUAAAACUCACAAUUUACUUCCAAAUAUGCAACGAUCAAGAACAAAUGAACCGGUAAUCAUUCUGAGUUAACUUAUAUGCUUGAGCAAGAAGGAAAAAAGCAAUCUUGAGUGCGAAAUUUGUAAUCAUUUUCCUUCCGAAACAGUAUUCCAGUAAACUGUAGUUACUUCAAAAUGAACAGUAUGCAAAGUUGGGUUAUUUUAUUAGACAUGGUGAAUCUCCUAUCCGUCCACAUGGUUUAACAGUAUUAUAUGCUUGUUUAGUAUAUUAAUGUUUUCCACAUACUCAUGGUAUGAUGCUUUAUUACAAGAUGUAUGCUGAAAAUACAUGUAUGGUCAUAAGCAGUAUAUAAAGUCAGUGUUUGAAUUUUGCAGUAUUAUUUACAAUGGCUUUUUAUAUAUCAUUUCACUUGUUGCAAGAACAUGUUUUAAACAGUUAUUUUUAAUGUGUAUAUGCAUUUACAUAUAUGUGAAGCAGUAGUGUAGGCUAUUGAUGCAUAGGAAGUUGUUCUAUUUUAGAAACAGAAUAUUUAUCAAUCCAUGACCAGUUCACAAAUAGUCAUUUCAGCCAGCAUUCCAAUUUUUUAAUAUUUGUAUUUUUGUCGAAUGUAACUAAUCAGAAAAAUUUGGUUAAUAUUUCAUCAAAAUGAUUGGAUUCUGUAACUUUUCAAAUAAUUAUUGGGUAAUUUGAAUAUUGCAGAAUCUUCUCAUUUUCAGCUAUUGAACAUUGUGUAAAGAUCAUAAUUUGAACGUGCUUGCCUCACAAUUAUCAAAGUACAAAAAAUGUACUUUUGUUGUAAAAAGUAGAAUAUAUGGCUUUGUGUGCGUGUGCUAUAAUCAUGAUAAUGUAUUUUGUAACCUCCAAUACUGUAUAUCAGCACAAUGUUCACCAAAUUUGAAAUUCUGAUUGGAAAAAGAAAAAUCCUUCUUUAAAUUGAUUUUCCAGCUGGUUUUGGAAAGGUUCAUAAUCCUGAACACUACACUUACAUGAACGAUCUUUAAAAGAACUUUCAGAACAAAUAUCGUCUUGUGCCUAUGCUUGUGAAUGAAUGUUGUGG